AUUAAGCGGUGAAAGAGUGAAACGUUUCGUGCACGCGGCAUUACUUAAUUUAAAAAGUAUGAAAAAAUAUUCCAUACGCAUAAGUUAACUCAAAGAUUUUAAAUCAAAAUUGACUUACCUUAAAUAAUGAGAUAAAUCAAAAGUGAACAGUAAACCUUGCCUAUCUAUUUACAUAACUGAAAAUAGUGCACUACCAUAUCUAGAUGCUAUAAACAUCGGCUUUAAAUAAAAAUAAAAUAACUUUCUCGCCUUACUUCCAAUUUGCAGUUGUAGAAAAACAGUUGAAAUAUUACGUUUUCAAAUACAUAUCUACAUAUAUAAUAUAUGAAUAGCCGGAUAAUAAUUACAAACUAAAAACAAGAAAAGUACAAAAACAAAAACGAAAACACAAUGACAUCAACGUCAACGAUUAAAAAAUUUACAAUCGUAUUUGGCUUCAUAUGCUCGCUGCUUGCCUUGGUGCUAAUCGCGUUCGGCAUUUAUGUGCUCUCCUCCUACAGAGUUAAUGAAGUCGGUUCUUUGGCCGCCUAUGCCUACAUUUGUUUAGGUGUCGCCACAAUACUUGUAUCUUUGCUGGGAUUCGUUGGUGCGGCCAGGGAAAGCGUUUGCUGUACAAUUACAUUUAUCACUUUUCUUUUGAUUUUGUUGAUCUGCCAAAUCGCAAUCACUUUACUUUUGGUGAAAGGUGAACAAACAGUAGCAUCACAUCUCUCGAAUAAUUUGGAUGUGGCUUGGGAAGAAGAACUGAACAGCCCUGGAGCGAUGUCUCUGUAUGAGACUUGGCUCGGUUGUUGCGGUCGGGCCAGCCCACACGAUUAUAUAGUCAAUGAUCGCAUGCCGCCAAUGACGUGCUUCAAGAAUGGCGAUAAUACGAAGAGUGAAAAUCUGAUCGGCACCGGCUGUCGCAUAAUGUUUGAGAACUACUGGCUGAGCUUGUUGCGUGCCUUCAAUAUAAUCGCUUGUGUGAUGAUUGGCUUGGAGUUAUUGGUUAGCGUGAUCUCGUGCUGCCUGUGCACUAGCAUACGCAAUGAUCACCGGCGCUCCUAUUAUUAACCUGAUGAAGCGCCCAGUGUUGCCCAGCGUUACUGUUUAUACGUAGAUGCUUGUUACUCUUCUAUUAUUAUACAAUAAUAUGGGAAUAAUUUUGAAAUCGAUGUCAGCUAAGUUGGUAAUCUUUAUUUUACCGACUCUUUUCGAAAAUCUUUGCAGCCAAAAAGUAAAAAAUUAUAUACAUAUAGUAUAUGCUAACGAAUUUUUUGUACAGCACACAAAAAUAAUAUACGAACAAUAGUUUAUAAGCCUAAUUAUUUCUAUAAUUUAUUUAUAUAAGUUGCUUACUAUUUAAGCAGUUGAAUGAAAACUUUUUUCUUCUUGUAUAUUUCGCUCUAACUAACUGUGAAUAUGAAUUUGGCAAUUCGUUAUUUAUAUUAAAAAUCAUAUUAAAAUUACACAACAAAUCGCUAUGAAGUGCAUAAAGCGAAAAACAAAUGUUGCAGCAGCUAAAAUUUAUUACAUAAUAUUGGGUAGUCGAAAAAGUCUUUUCGUAUUUUGCCAAUGUCGUUGAAGUCGCAUAUUUGUCGAAAACAAAUUAUACCGCUAUAAAAGUGAAAUUAAUUUUUACCUAAAAAGUCAAAUGAAUGUUAACUCAAAAACAUGCUUUGAGCGUAAAAAUAAUUAUGAAAAUAUUUUUAUGUUUAAGCGCACUCAUACAUACAUACAUAUGUAAGUACAUACAUAUAUGAAACAAAAUUGUUGCUAAUUUAUUUUACUUUUACGAAUUAUCGCAUAAAUCCUUCGCUUGUGUGUUUAACACACACCUUUAUGUAUAAAUAAAUUGUACAAAUGUGUGAAAUAGUUUUCUUAUUGGCUUUUUGUAAGCAGAAUUUGCAAAUCUGCUUGAAAUUAAUAGAAUCUGGCAUGUUCGGAACGCGCAGCAAACAACACGUUUAGGCGCACGGUGGUACCAGCUUGACUAAAAUAGGAAAAAUAUGAUUUCGAAUGCAAGAACAAAUAAUAAAUAAUUUUACAUAUGACGCCAAUAACGCAAAAUUUAUUUCAGAUAAAUUUAAUAAAAAUUAUGCAAGAAAAAUUUAAUAAAGUAUGAAAGAAAAUUCAAAAAUUGGCACUCAUUUCAUGCAAAAAGUACUUCGAGAGAGAUGAAAAAAUUUCUGUCAUAGUGAGUAUUUAAUUUUCAGUAUUUUCAGAUUUUAUAAAAUUUAUUUA